CUUCACAGUGGUACUCUGUGCUAACAAGCUUUGCGCACAUUUGGCGACAAGGUGCAAAACACGAGUUUGCUUAUUUGGAAGACACCAUUCAGUAUGAGAGCACGCAGACUUACACGGCGUCUAGUCCGUUUUAACGUCUACUUCACACUGUUGUCUUUUAACAACGUCUGUCUACAGUCACAAAGUUCGCGAAAGCAGGCCAGCAGCCACGAAGCCUACCCACAGCUUCGUUUGGGCCACGGCGGUUAUCCAUGAUGGUCCGCUCUCCACGAUAUACGUUCACAUAAUUUUCACACAUGGCGUAUUUUGUCAGGCCUUAUCUUCACCAUUGCCUCUCAUGUUGCCGUUUGGUGUUAAGAUUCCCCAGAUAGGCGUUCGUAUUUCAGGCCAUCUGUUCACCACGUCGUGUUCAUCGUUCGUCUUGUAUACGCAACCCGUGGAGUAUAAAACCCUAUCUGAAAUCCAGAUUCAGAUCUCUACAGCGCACAACUUCCAAUACAUACAGCGUACAGCUUUUUUGCACGGUGUAUGCAUAUCCGUGGGGUCAUCUUCUGGUCAAAUCAUUCUCUGCGCAAUCGUCUCACCGGUGAAUUCUACGCUCUUCAUCAUGGCUCCUCUAAAGAAAGACAAACACAAGCAUCCUUUGCCAGAAAUUCAAGAACCGGCACCAUCAUCACAACCGGCGUCACAAUCAACACCCCAUCGGCCACAAACACUGUUACAACGUGUCUCCUCAAGCGUAUCUUCUAUUAUAUCAAGCAUCCCCCUUCCCAAAUCUACACCCAAGCAAAACCCCCCAAACCGCCCUGCCACCGCACCAAAUCCACGUCGAGAACCUACCAGCAAAAGAGCCACACACAGCCGGGACUUUUGGAAGAACAGGCCAUACGCCCCCCUACCCCCAUUCCCCCCCGCCCCAGACCUCGGAAUCCCAAUACUCUCAACCCCAAGCAUGCUCGCCCACGGCUGCCCCUACGAUCCAAUGACAUACCACUCCUUCCCCACCUUCGAAAAACACAGAUGCGACUUCUGCGGCAUGCGACCGCCCAAGAUAAGGCCAUCUACUGCGAGUGAAUCGUGCACUGAGUGUACAACUGGAGGUGCGUUUUCGCAUCUCUCUUUCGCUUUUCGACGGACGCGGAAUAGGAGCAGUAGGGGCUCGGCUGCUGAGGGGAGCUCUGCGCGUGUGGAGAGUGCGUCGCCGGUUGAAGAGUGCCCCAGGAUUGUUCCGCCGCAUAUCGCGGCGAAGAGGAUUGGGAAUCCGCCGAGGAGGGCGGCGCUUCCUCCUGGUAUUGUGCGGGGAGGCGCGUUGAGGGUGCGGGAGAAUAUGCGGGAGCCGGUUGUUGGAUUGGCGGUGUCCGCUUCUGUGGUGGAUAGUGGGCAGGGUUCUCGCCGGGGAAGUCAUGUCGAGGAGGAAUACUUACGCAUGAGGGACCCUGUGCAUGAUGCAGCAGCCAGACCGUCUACAUCGAGUACACCUGAUCAUUCAACGAGUAACAGCCGUAUCUCACGCGAGUCAAACAGUGCAGAGGAACCCCUUCCAAGAGUGAGAAACCCCACAGCCCCUAAACUCCAUCACAUCCAUGGCUUACCACAUGCAAAGGACCACCCCUUCGUCCACAAGCGAGAGGUAGACUCGCAUCUAGCCGCCCUGCGUGAAGGCUCCCCGAGCCCACUGCGGAACAAGGUCGAAAGAACAAGACGUGUAGUGAAUCCUAGCCGGCAACGCCAUGACUUUGCGGAAACAGUGUAUUAUGGUCGCGGCUCCUCGCCUGUGCCGUUUCGACGUUCUCCUGAUCGUCGCCCCCGCUCGCAUUCUCCCUCGCUGUUGAAACCUCCGUCGGUGUUGGUGGGGCGAGUCGAAGCGGACAGACUAUUCGUCGCUUUUGAUGAUGAUGAAGAAGUGCGGAGUGGCCGAUCUGAAUCCUUCACCUUCGAUCCAGAAAGCGGUAACACAUACACAACACGCUCUCCAGCCGCAAACACCUCACCCCCACUCAACGCACCCCCUACCCUCCGCGGCGGCAGCGGAGACCCCGAACCCACCCCCACCCCCAUCCCCUUCAGUUUCAAACUCAAGCGCUGGAUCCUCACCUGCCGCGGCCCCUGCGGCCACGACAGCGAGACCGACAGCGACGCCGAGCUGCCCCCGCCACGCAUCGUAUCGCCAGCACGGGUUGCCCGAGCACGUCAGCGCGCGUGUGGCAUCGCGCGGCUGCCGGCGCAUAUAUCGCGGCAGACGUGUCCGCCGCCGCUUGGGGACGCACCACGAUCUUCGUCUGAUCCUGAACCUGUUCUUUGCGUGCCUGAUGUUGCGUUUGUCGAACCCGAAGUCACGGCCGAGCAUGCUCCUGCUGCGUCCCCGCAUCUCCGCGGUGGUGCGGGAUCGCCGUCAACGCUGCAUGAUAGAGAUACUCUCCCCCCAGCGCUGUUUUGGCUUGCGGGCGGGAGGGGGCCGCCGGUUUCGGUCAGGGCGUGGAGGCAGCAGAGGCCCGAGAGGAGGAUGGGUGGGCUGGUGGGGAGGGCGGUGUUUGGGGUGAGGGCUGGGAGGGCGUAUGCGGAUAGGUUUGAGGGAAGUGAAGGGUCGGGAGGUGGGAGUAGGAGUGGGGGGUCUAGUUCUGGGAGUGUGGCUAGGGGGCUUGAGGUGGGUGGUGAUGUGGUGGCGGAGAAUGAUGGGGGAGUGGCUGCUGCAGCUGGAGAAGCCGCUGCGCCGAUCGAGGAUGGUCAUGCUCGUAUUCAAGCGUGAUGAGCAGGUAGAAGGACGUAGGUAAGCCCGAGUACGUCAGAUAUGCGUUACACACCAACAAGAGUGACUUCCCCUUCCAAUCAAGAUAAAUACAUACAUGCUACAACAAAGUAAAAUACACCACCACCGUCCCAGAAAACCAUAUCCUCAAAGAUAACACGCCAGCUAACUCAUAAGCCCCUGCACCUGCUCCCCACUAAGUCUCGUCUUAUUCCCCGGCCUCUUCUUCCUCGCCCCUCCCCCUCCCCCAUUCCCCCCUACACUCUCAACCCCCGCCUCGCACUCCACACUCCUCACCGCCCUCGAA